UAAAAUUCAAACUAUUAUUGAUUACUUCUCCAAGAAUCUCAAUACUGAAUUACCGGAUGAACAAGAUGACUCUAUCAUAGAUUCCGGAGAGGAGGUUUCGGAUGAUCAGACUAAUAAUGCAUCAGAAGCAGUUUCAGCUGAAGUAAACAUAUCAACCGCACCUAUUCUUUAA